AAAAAUUUCAUCCAGAGUGACUGCAACCUAUCCGAGAAGCUUAGUCACUUUCUUUCUUUUUUUUCGGAGCCAUCAAGAGCUGCAAUUGUUUUUUAUGCAGCUGUCGGGACCCGGCAGUCGGUGCCUUACUUUGAAGUGCGCUGCUCCAGCCUGUCGGCUCAGUUGGUGUUGGAGUCGCCUGCAGGAGAGACCUACUGUGCGGCAUGGCAGCCUGAAACCACCACAGGGAGGAGGAGGAGGAGGAGGUGGAGGAGGAGGAGGAGAAAAGGAGGAGGGAGAAAAGCGGUAUUUUUUUCCUCUCUCUCUCUCUCGAGUACAUUUUUCUCUCCGUGAAACCGACUCAAACCUGAACGGGACUGUAUGUGGACUGUACUGUGGAUUAUACGCGGGUUUUUUUGUUGUUGUUGUUGCUGUGUGAGGAUAAAAAAUAAAAAAACAACAACUUGGGAGUUUAAUUUGAACGGAGUACUCGUGGGUCGAUGAGAGAAGACGGGCAGCCGGAGAGAGAAGCUCCCCCGCUGACAUAAGAGAGUGAGGAGAUUACAGUAGAAGCUCAGAGGAGGCGAAACAACACACUCUUCUCUCCUGCUCCCUUCAGAGCCAUGAGCCGGGCGCUUAUGGACCAUAUCGCGAGUAGUUUCAGAGAAGAUGCUCCUCGACCCCCGGUGCCGGGGGAGGAGGGCGAGGCGCCCUGCUACCCCGGCAAACUCGCAAUGAUGAAACCCCUGGAGCCCCCUAAAUCGGUUGUGCUCGGCUCUCCGGGCUCCUCGGCGAGGAGGAACGAGGAUGGUCUUGGGGAGCCAGAGGGGAGUGCCUCCCCGGAUUCACCGCUCUCCCGGUGGACAAAAUCUUUGCACUCUCUCCUCGGGGACCAGGACGGUGCUCAUCUUUUUCGGACAUUCCUGGAGCGAGAGAAAUGUGUCGAUACUUUAGACUUUUGGUUCGCCUGCAAUGGCUUCAGGCAGAUGGACCUCAAGGAUACCAAAACGCAGAGAGUCGCCAAAGCAAUUUACAAGCGCUACAUCGAAAACAACAGCAUUGUCGCCAAGCAGCUCAAGCCCGCGACUAAAACCUUCAUACGGGAUAAUAUCAAGAAGCAGCACAUAGACUCGGCGAUGUUCGACCAGGCGCAGACCGAGAUCCAAACCAACAUGGAGGAGAACGCGUACCAGAUGUUUCUGACCUCUGACAUUUACCUCGAGUACGUGAGGACGGGCGGAGAAAACCCCAAUCACGUCAACUCGAGCUCGCUGGGCGACCUGAAAGUUGUUUGUGGAUACCUGCCCACGCUAAACGAAGAGGAGGAGUGGAGUUGUGAUUUCAAAGCCAAAGCGCUGCUUGGACUGUCGGCGACGAAGACGCAGCGGGCCACCGUGUCCAUGAGGGCGGUGGAGGUGAUGGAUGGAGGAUACAGAUCAUACAAGCGAGGAGACUCACUCAACCCCUGCCAUGCGGGCUCUUUCGCCCCCGUCAGCAGCACCAAUGACAGCGAGGUGUCCAGUGACGCCUUGACCGACGAUGCCAUGUCCGUGACUGACAGCAGUGUAGAUGGCAUCCCUCCGUAUAAACUGGGCUCCAAGAAACAUCUACAGAGAGAAAUGCAGCGCAACAUGAGGAUGAAUAGCCAAGUCUCUCUGCCUGCUUUCCCUCGUACCUGCCGUCCUCCCAAGGAGAUGGUCCCGAUGGAGCCGGCGGAGUUCGCAGCCCAGCUCAUCUCCCGCCUGGAGAGCCUGAAGAGAAAGCAGGACACCAUCAACUCUCUGGAGGAGAGGCUGCAGCAGAUUCAGGAGGAGGAGGAAAGAGAAGACACAGAGACCGUCACGAGUGCUCCCCAGCUCUCUCCCCACCCCUUGACCCUCCUCCCUGGCGCCUCCGACGAGGACCCCCAGGCGAUCCUGGACGAUCACCUCUCGCGAGUCCUGAAGACCCCCGGCUGCCAGUCCCCCGCCGUCAUCCGCCACUCACCUCGCUCCAGCUCCCCAGAGCACAAGCCCUUCGCGCGGGCAGGCUUCGGCAUCAAGGCCCUUGUAAGGACGGGGCCCCCCAGUUCCUCCGUCUCCAGUCCUGACCAAGGCGGCAUCACGCUGGCCUUUGGCCCCAGCAGGACCCUCGUGAGCAGGCAGAGCACAAAACACAUCCACCACCACUACAUCCACCAUCACGCCAGUCCCAAGAGCAAGGAGCAGAUCGAACGGGAGGCAGCGCUCAGGGUGCACGGCAUGUGCUCCAGCAGCGGCGAGUGCCAGCCCUGCCAGCCUUACCAGCGCAGCCGCAGCCUGGGCAGGGAGAUGUGUGGGGCCGUCUCAGCAGACAGCAGCGUGGGGCGUUCCAGCUCUCUGUCGAGGCGGGUGUGUCGCUCAGGGGCUGAGGAUGGAGUAGCAGAGAGGUGCAUGGAGGACUGCGGACCCUUACAGCUGCCCAGCGACACAACAGACCCCACCCAGAGUGUGUUGCAGUGGAUCCUGGAAAGCAAACGGCAAGGCAGACACAAGUCUCACAGUAACCAGAGCACCAAGAAGUCCUUUGGAGGCUCCUCCACCCAGACGCACACAUGGGGUGGUGGUGGAAGCUGUGGCCACCUACGUAGCCACCAGCCAGCCCAGCCAUUCAUCCAAGACCCAGCCAUGCCUCCACUGCCCCCUCCCAACACUUUGGCCCAGCUGGAGGAGGCCUGCCGCAGACUGGAGGAGGUCUCCACCAAGACCACCAAGCAGAGGCAUUCAAUGUCCGGUCUCCAACAAGAGAAGAGCCACCUAGUGCCUGCCCAGGGUGAGGGCUCCAUCCCUCCGUCUCUGGCCAAUCCCAGCCCCGCUGGCCUCCUCACAAGCAGCCCCGGCUUCCAAUCAGAAGAGAUGAAGGAGUGUAAAAAAAGCGCAGGAAGCCACGUGGUGUGCGGCGGCAGCGGGGGCGAGACGGUGGUGACGUAUUUCUUCUGCGGCGAGGAGAUCCCCUACCGGAGGACCAUGAAGAGCCACAGUCUCACCUUGGGCCACUUCAAGGAGCAGCUCCGCAAGAAGGGCAGCUACAGGUACUACUUCAAGAAGGCCAGUGAUGAGUUCGAGUGCGGUGCGGUGUUUGAGGAGGUGUCAGACGACGGCUCCUUGCUGCCCACCUAUGAGGGCAAGAUCCUGGGCAAGGUGGAGAGGAUGGAGUGAGAGGACCUGCCCGAUUGUUGUGGAUUACACUCCUACGGACGCUUCACACCUCCAUGGAUGUACUUCAUAUGCUCUACACACACACACACACACACACACACACACACAUGCAGAGUAUGUGUCUUUUAAGCUAAAACUGUAGGACUGGAGAAGGAAUGUCGACGAGGUUUGGGCGGAUGGACGACGGAUGAAAGAUUGCGGGGGGGGAGGAAGAAAAAAAAGGAAGGAGGACAAGUGUUAUCGCUAUUACCGGACUAUCACAUGAACAUGCCCACCUUGAAGUGAAGAAAAUAAAGGAUUGUGUGUUGCUGGACUGAAACAUCUCCCGUGUUUCCAGAAGAGAAAACUCUAGAGACUCUAGGUGAAUGACCACUCCUCAAAGACGCGGGGGCGGCGGGCUCAGAUCUGAGACUGACAAGCCUACCUGACCCCGCCUGCGCUAGCGUCUUGCCCACGGGCACUCGCCAGCAUAUUGCUAAUAUGUAUACGCAGAUAUACAUGUACAUUGCAUUGUAUUGUGAUGCUCGUAUUGCUAUGUAAAGAUUUCUAUUGCUAUUUAUUGGAAAUAUCCCCGCCCCCAACCUUAUUAUUCUUCCAUGGACAAGCUGCUUGGAGUUGGAGAAACUUCUCCAAUUUUCCACAUCCGUGAUUUUUUUGUUUUGUUUUGUUUUGUUUCAUUUUACCCCUCUGUCUGAGCAUCAGUUCAGAAGCAAAGGAAAUGGGUUUUAUUCAUUUUCCGCCCCUCAUAUUGAACUGUAAACUUCAAAAAUACCUCUUCGAAAAACUUCACUCCUGUUCCUGGAGAUUUUUAGCGGGGGGGACAUCUCUGAUCUCGUUGGCUGGAGAGCUUACUGCUGAAGCUUUGAGAAUGGCUCUCGAUCACUUAAAAAAAGUUUGAUAAUAUAUUUACUACUGCAGUGCUAUUUGUGGCUGUGUCCCCAUCUGCGCUGACGGGCCCUGAGUGUACUAUGAAAAUAAGGAAGAACAACAACAACAAAAAAGAAAAAUGCUAUUAAUGUUUAAUUCCCUACUCUGGGACUCUGCCCAGCUAGCCUUGAUCUGUCGCGUCUUAGUGCCUUUGUUUCAGUGGCGCAGGCAUCGCACAAAUAGCCUACGUAUUUACGGAGAGGAAACUGCCCUGAACAGGUCCUUGAGUCCCCAAAAUGUGUUUACACCAAUAUUAAUAUUUACCAACAAAAAGCUCUAUAAUGUGCUCCCCAACGUGCUUACCUAUGUGAUUGUGUGACUGAGUAGGGUUACUCUGUGUGUAUUUGAAGCCUGCACGAUGAGCUGCAGAUGAUAAUGAUGAUAAUGAUGAUGAUGAUACACUAUGUUCAUAGUGUUUUAAUUGAGUACAGUAGCUGUGCCUACAUGGAUUCUUGCCGUGUUUUACCCAGUUUUCAGGGUCCUAUUACUCCCUUGGUUUUUACAAGGGGCCUUAUGUUGAAAAGAUAUUUUUAUGCCUUUUAGUAUCCGUUUCAUCAUGUUUAUGUUUUAUAAUAUUUUUCAUGGCUUCCUUGGCUCCACUUGUAAACUGUAAAUUAUGCGUUCUAUAGAGCUCAGUUGAAAAGAUGCCUCGGUACUUUAAUUAUUGUAAUUAUGAAGAGAUGUAGCCUUUAUUA